AUGGGACUAGAACACAAUUUUGAAGAGGAAGAAGGCAGUGACGUGGACCGUGAACUUCGUCCUUUAGCACGACGUACAGGAAAACACAUAGCGGCAGGAGAGGAAAGACCUAGAAUCAAUUCUAGUCAACAAACGACCCCCACUGAAGGUGAGUUUCUAGAAGUGGAAAUGUUAGUUAGUCUAGCAGCGUUGUGGGCUUUAUAA